AUGAAACAAAUCAUCUCCUCGAGUUGCGGUGCAAUUCAUACCACUAAACAUUUUCAUAAAUCCCUUUCACACUCAUCAUUUAAAUUCUCAUUCAAAUUAACUUUUAUAAUUUCUUUAAUUCUCUUAUCAACAUUAAUCGAAGCCGUUCCAACUCCUACCUCCUCUUAUUCAACCCUUGAUAAAAGGAACGAUAAUAUUUCGAAGGAUGAUUUAAGUAAAUUUGCUAAUUUCGCUGCUGCCGCUUAUUGUGAUACUUCUGUUUUUAAAGAUUGGAAUUGUGGACCUCUUUGUGAUGCAACUAAUGGUACUGUUGUUAAUAAAUUCUUUACCACUAAAAACACCGCUACACGAGCUUAUAUUGCAACAUAUGAAGAAGAAGAAUUAAUCGUUGUAUCAUUUAGAGGAACUGUACCAGAUAAUAUUAAAACUGUACUCACUGAUGCAAAACUUCUUUUAAGAGAUUAUCCACCUGUAAAAGGAGCAAAAGUACAUACUGGAUUUUAUGAAGCUUUUCUUGAAGCACAAUCCGAAGUUUUCGACGAAGUUCAAAAAUUACAUGAAGAACAUCCUAAUUUUAAAGUUUUAUAUACUGGUCAUAGUUUAGGUGCUGCGCUCACUUUAUUAGCAGCAUUAGAUCUUGUACAAAAUUCAACAGAUUUCAAAGCAAAUGAAAAUCUUUUCGUUGCUACCUAUGGUGAACCAAGAGUUGGUGAUUUAAAAUUUUCUAAAUUUGUUGAUAGUAAAUUAAAAGUAACAAGGGUUGUAAAUGGAGGUGAUCCAGUUCCUCAUUUACCACCAAAAUUCCUUUCUUAUGAACAUCCUAGCGGUGAAUUAUGGAUAUCAGAUCCUAAAAAAAGUUCAAGUGAAUUUAUUACAUGCAAGGGUCCAGAAGAUCCAAAAUGUUCCAAUUCGUUACCUAUUAUUCAAUUAAAUGCAAUUUUUCACAUGGGCCCAUAUUUCGGUGUUUCUAUGAGAGGUUGUAAAUCUAACAAUGAUAAAUCUGUCGGACAAUUAUUAUCAGGUUUAAAAUUUAAUAAACUUGAAAAAGACAAUUAA